AUGGUUCUCCUCUCUGAAGGCUGUCACUUCUCAGGUGAAUGGGGACCCUCAUUCCAGAAGGUUCCUUCAGGAUGCAAUACCAUCGCCAUGAUCAGGAAUACUGUCCCCAUGAUCAGGAAUACUGUCCCCAUGCAUCGUCAGACGGACAUCACUGCAGCACGCCCCUCGCACGUGGAGCUUGAGCAUCGUCAGACGGACAUCACUGGAGCACGCCCCUCGCACGUGGAGCUUGAGCAUCGUCAGACGGACAUCACUGGAGCACGUCCCUCGCACGUGGAGCUUGAGCAUCGUCAGACGGACAUCACUGGAGCACGCCCCACGCACGUGGAGCGGACAUCACUGGAGCACGUCCCUCGCACGUGGAGCUUGAGCAUCGUCAGACGGACAUCACUGGAGCACGUCCCUCGCACGUGGAGCUUGAGCAUCACUGGAGCACGUCCCUCGCACGUGGAGCGGACAUCACUGGAGCACGUCCCUCGCACGUGGAGCGGACAUCACUGGAGCACGUCCCUCGCACGUGUAGCGGACAUCACUGGAGCACGUCCCUCGCACGUGGAGCGGACAUCACUGGAGCACGCCCCUCGCACGUGGAGGUUCAUCAGGUCCAUGCUCCAGCUGAGCUCUAGAAGGACCAUGGAACAUGAACUGGUAUGAAAGGGACUGAGUGCUUUUCAAGAUCACAGAUACAAAGUGAUCAUGUAAUAAUUUUUAAGCCGUUUAAAUAUUGAUUUUUCUGAAAUGCGAAGGAAUACCAUGCUCUCU